AUGCCAUAUUCCAACAGUCCGGGUCGGGUCCAUGAUCCGCGUGUCGAUCCGCCAAAUAAGCCCAGAAUCCGCGUGUUUAUCCGAUCCACUCGCCCAAGAUCCAUGGUCUUUGCAGUCUCUCUCUUGUAGGUUGGUGAAAACACCCCUGUUAAGGUUGAUCAGGUAGACGACGUGAUAACCAACAUUGAAGAUCUGAGAACUGCUGACGCAGGAUAUUAUCUUGUUAUAGAGAAGGUUCUAGUGGGACAUGAAAAUCUCGACUUUAUCAAGGAGAAUAAAACGUCUCCAUUGCAAGGUUUCCGUUUGAUCGAUACACCCUAUUGAGAGCGUAAAUGCUUCAUAUGUAAUUGUUCAGUUCAAACAUCAAGUAACAAACGAUUUAUCAGCUUUGAGAGAGAUCUAUUCUUAUCAGCUUUGCCAAAGAUUUAUCAGAUGAAGUUAAUACUCUGUCACGUUAAAUUUAAUAAAGAGUUUUGUAGUAAACUUUGACUUCCACGUGUUGU